GGGGGCAGCGGCGGCGCAGCCGGAAGUGACGCGUGUGUCCGCCAUGGCGGGGAAGAAGUCGGCGAAGGAGAAGAAACGCAAACGGAGCCGCGGGGAGGAGAGUCACAGCGAGAGGAGAUGGAGCAGCACCGAGACCGGGACCGGAGAGUCAGGAAGAAUUGCUUCAGAAAAGGAGGUGACCAAUGAGACCAGUGACUUGGAAGAAGGAGGCCUUGACCUCAGCAUUGCCUUGAAGCCAAUCAGUUGCUAUAUCUCUGACAGGAAAGAAAUGUUAGAGCAGUGCUUCAGAGUCAUAGGGGAGAGCAAGCUUCAGAAAAUGCUCCCAGAUAUUUUAAAGCAGAACUGCUCUGUGGAAGAAAUUAAAGCUCUCUGCUUGGAGCAACUGACGCUUUUGUCUGAUAAGAAACUUCUCCAAAUUAUUGAAGGUGAAGACCUUGGUUCAUCUGAUACUGAAGAGGAAGUGGGAGAGAAUGAUAGGUACAAGAAGAAAUUGGAAACGGAAAGUCAACAGGACAACAAUGUCGAUUCCACAUCUUCCUUUAAAGAAUGCAAUGAACAAGAGGCACCUGAACUGAAACAGGGUGCGGGUUCUGGAGAUGAAAGUGAUGCCCUGAGCAUUAAUGCUGAAACGUAUGAUAGUGAUAUAGAACAAAACAACAAUGACCAAGAAGACAGCACAGAUGUGAUACCACAGAAAAGUACCACCACCCGUGCUGGUGUUGAAGAUGAAAUACAAAAGGACAUUGAAAAGAGUGUAAAUGAGAUUUUAGGCUUGUCGAACUCCAUCACGGGAAGACGUCAAUCAGCUGGUUCUCCCAAUCCUGAUGGAGAUGGUCUUCAGCCUUCAGCGCAGCAGCUGGAAUUACUUGAACUGGAGAUGCGGGCCAGGGCAAUUAAAGCCCUAAUGAGAGCAGGCGACACCAAAACCCAGCCUUAGAAAAUAAACGGUUUGUGCACCCAUGAAGGAAAGGUACAGUGUGCUGUAGCCUGACAUUGCACUUGAAGUCCAGUAGAAUUCUCUACUGCCCCCACUCACCCUAUUUCUCCCAUCCCUCAAAUUGGAAAUUUACUUUAUGUAUCAUCAGCUUUUUUUAAUGUUGUUCUGUUUAUCAUAUUUGAAUUCUGUUAGUUAUUAACUUUUCAGGAGUACGUUAUGAGUCACAAAGUUAAAAAUCACUCAAUACCAGGUUAUAAUCCAACAGGUUUAAUAGGAAGCCACAUGAUGAAGGGCAGCGCUUCGAAAGCUAGUGCUUCCAAUAUAACCUGGUGUUAUGUGAUUUUUAACUUUGUAUGCCCCAGUUCAACACUGGCAUCUCCAAAUCAUUAUGGACCACAACUUUAAUGUUACAACCACUUUGUAAUAAAAUGUCAUUCUGUAAUAAUAAUCUGUAAUAUAUUGAAUUUGUGUGAAGUUCAUGUAUAUUGUACCUGAAGGCUGAUUUGCCUCGUUGUGAGAUGGUAAGUAGCUUUUGCUCUAUUAGUUAAAUAUUUCCAUCCUAAUGCUGAUGUGGAUGUUGAGAUAUUUAUCAACUUUUAACUAAUGGGAAGUAAUUACUCAACUGUGAUAAUGUCGUACUGUUUAAUUUGAGUCAGCAUUUUGGAGAAGACUUCAAAAGGGAAGCAAAUCUCAUUAUUUUAAGAGUAAAAGCAUAGUGUUUAAGAAGUGUAUUAAAAUAUGUCUUGUCAUUGUAAUUAUAAAAUUACAAUGGUUUUGAAUGUCAUUCUUUGAGCGUAUCUGAUUAUAGUAAGUGGCCAUAUUUUUUAAAAAAAAACAGGACAGCAGCUCCAGUUUGAAGUUUGUAAUGUUCUUAAUUAAGUGUACCGAAAACCUUUCCAUAGAGUUUUAAGCAAGAAACCAGGUGCAUUCUUCAAGCAAGGAGCUCUCCUAAUUACAGAAUAAUAUGGAAAUAGCCAGGAAAUAUAUUUGCCCAGUUAGCAAUAAAAAAAAAGUUGAGUAAAAUUUGAAAUUAAGACCCCACGUUUAUUUACUUGUGUUUUUUUAUUUAAGUUGAUUUCAGUAUGUGGCAGAUAUUGUGUGUUGACCUUUGGUUGUGAUAAUUCAAUGGAAAUAAAGAUAAAUAUUUUUUCAGUAUAGUGGAAUAUGAGGCAAUCACUUUCUGAAUGAUCUGAAAACUGCCCAUUGACUAUAUGUAGAAGUUGAAUAUAUUUUGAUUUUUUGAAGGAGAAAUCCUAUGGUUUCUUUUGCUGAAAUCUCCAUUUUCAACAUUUUUCAGAACUCUGCGCCAAUUUGAAAGCUGACCAUGUUUAGAUAUUUUUCUAAUCAACCUUCCAAAAAUUCUGGCAAACCUCUGGAGCAGCUGAGACAUGAAGCCAGGCCUCCUGGUCCAGAUUUAGGGACAUUACCACCAUCCAUCGAGCUCUAAUAUUCUAGGUUUAUGUAAUUGAAGAGUUGCAUUAUUGUAAACCUAUUUUUUUUUUGCAUACAGUUGCUUCUUAAUUUAGGAAAUGUAUUAUUUCCUGAUUGAAAAGUUUUUUUUCAUUAGGAAGAGUCCCCUUUGCUUUUGAUAUUUGGAAAUCCUACACUACUUGUAGUAUUGAACUUUAUAUCCCAAGUUCACUUCUUCAAGCAAAACGGAACAGAAUUUGUGACAAUAGUGAUAGUGCACACAAGCAUUUGUCUAAAUGCAACAGAGCAAUUAUUCCACCCACUGUCAGAUUUCCAAAUAUUCCCUUGAAAGCAGGAUGGCAUUUUCUAGUGUUUGCCAUUACAUCAGUUCUGAGUUGUUGUCAUCCUCUCAGCUGUCUGUAUUCAAAUAUAAUUAAACCAGAUUCUUUUCUUUUU